CCGCACUUUGCUCCUGCACACUCACUCCAUAAAUUUACCGUGUAGGUUCAUUCCAGAGCACAUACGCAGUUGGGUUGUUACCUAUUUCUGUUUCUUGAAAACUACCUUGAAGGUCAGCGGAAUAUGGCCAACAUCGAUACCUCGCUUCCUCCCGAGACAACGGGUGCUGCUGCCCAGCUCGCUGCCGAACACUCGGCCGAGCACCCGCUGAAGCUCUACGGGGGAUGGUUCUGCCCGUUUGUCCAACGAUCCUGGAUCACGCUUCGUGAAAAGAAGAUCCCCCAUCAAUACGUCGAGAUUAACCCGUAUAAGAAGGAGGCGGCGUUUGUGGCGAUGAACCCUAGAGGCCUGGUGCCCACACUGGCUGUGCCUGCGAAUGCUGAGGGCCAGGAUCGCAGGCCUCUAUUUGAGAGUAACAUCAUUUGCGAAUACCUGGACGAUGCAUAUUCGGACAAGGCGGUAUACGGUCCUCAGUUGCUUCCGUCAGACCCAUACGAACGCGCGCGAUGUCGGCUCUGGAUUGACCACAUCAGCACGCGCAUCAUCCCGGCGUUCUACAAGCUUCUACAGCACACUCCAGCCAAAAAGUACACUCUUGACCAAGCGCGAGAGGAGCUUCAGAGCCACAUCCGGUCUUUCGUUGAGCAGAUGGAUCCCCAAGGCCCUUUCUUCCUCGGGACUAGCUUUAGUCUCGUGGAUAUCUGUCUGGUGCCGUGGGCAAAACGCCUUUUCCUGAUUGACCACUACAAGGAUGGCGGCCAUGGGAUUCCUGAGUCCGGCAGCGGGGAAGACGGGGACCUGUGGGCGAGGUGGCGGAAAUGGGCUGAUGCAACUACGAACAGGGAGAGCGUUACGGCAACUUGGAGUUCGGAAGAGCGAUACAUCUUGGCUUAUAAGAGAUACGCUGAUGACACGACGAAUUCCCUUGUUGGACAGGCGACGAGAGAGGGUGGGAGACUCCCUUGAAGACUUUGGUGGCGGCAUCGGUGCGCCAAUGACUCUGAGAGUCGAUGAUGAUAGUGUUAAUUAAUUCCUCUAGAAUGAAAAUUUCUUUCAUACAUAAA